AUGCACCGCAAAGUCACAGCCGCCAUCAUCGCGCUAGGAAAGGAAGCGAAUCCAGUGGAGAUGCAGGAAACAAUACAGGAGAUAAUGGUGCGGCAAAUGAUUAAAGGUGGCCUGCCAAAGAAGCUUGCGCGCAGGAUCAUGGCAUCGAAUAUGGAGCGGAUCGGUAACAUCGCAUUUUUGAAAAUGGCGGAGACCAGCACUUCGCUCGACACGAAAGCCAAGGCCAUCGGCCGCCUGGUGGCCGGCUUCACCACUUCCGGCAUCUUCAAGCGACUCGGUCAUAAAAAUGACAAGCAGGGACAGAUGCUCACUGCCUUGGCCUCGCGGGCAAUAAGGAAGCUUCCGCAUAAAAUCGAGAAGGCAAUUAUUGAAUUGGGAAUGGAUGCCAAUCCAAUAAGCAUUCAGGAAACAAUCCAAGAAAUCAUGGUGGACGCGGUCAAGAGGAGUGGACUUCGCAAGCACGAGGCCAGGCGGAUCAUGGCGAGCAACAUGGAGCGAAUCGGCGGUAUCGCGUUCUCUUUCGAUGGCUCGUUUGAGUAA